AUGGAAUACAGGAAAACCACGGUGGCCAUCACUUCCUCUCCUCGUCCGGAAGUCGUUGUUAGUCCUUGUGCUGCAUGCAAAAUCCUACGGCGAAAAUGUGAUGAGAAUUGUGUGUUAGCGCCUUAUUUUCCGCCGAGUGAGCCAAUGAAGUUCGCCAUGGCCCAUAGGGUAUUUGGGGCCAGUAACAUCAUCAAGUUAUUGCAGAGACUUCCUGAGAAUCAAAGAGAAGAUGCUGUAAACAGCAUGGUUUAUGAAGCCAGUGCAAGAACGAGAGAUCCAGUUUACGGCUGUGCCGGCACGAUUUGUCAACUUCAGAAUCAAGUUAUUGAGCUCCAAACAGAAUUGGCAAAGGCUCAUGCACAAAUCUUGAACAUGAAUAUGAAAUCCCGCGAAAUUACCAAUUCUGAAGAUUUCAUUCCAGAACAAAUGUUGCAGUAUCAGGAAAUCCUAAUCCCACAGCACCCAUAUGAUAAUUCAAGCAGCUUCUUCUCUGAUGACAACGAAGUGAGAGUGGCUAAUUGGGAACACCUCUGGAGCUGA